AUGUCGUCAUCACUGAUAGGGAAGACGGUCACGCCCUUCUUGAAGGAGCACAUUCCGGCCAUGUACGCGCCCGUCGGGAGAUCGAGAAACGAGCAGUCGGCGAGAGAGAAGAACCCAAACACGAAAUACUGCUACCGCCACCGACCCGACUCGAAAUGUCGACGAGCCGCCGACGAGGCCAAGAUGGUCAUGAUACAACAGGAGCUGGACAAGCUCACCUCGGCCGAUCAACAAGCCAUCACCCACGUGUGGUCGUUGUUCUCCGCUGCGCCGUCGCGCCAUCGCGAACUCAUGUUGCAGGGGGUCCUCGCCCAGCUCUGCUUCCCCCAGCUGUCGCUUGUCUCCCGCGAGGUGGGCGAAGCCCUCAAGAUCGACUUCAUCGCUGCCCUGCCCGUCGAGAUUGCGCAAAAGGUCCUCUGCUUCCUCGACACCGUGAGCCUCACCAAAGCCGCCCAGGUCAGCCAGAGGUGGCGCUUGCUAGCCGACGACGAUGCGGUCUGGGUGCGCAUGUGCGAGCAACACGUCAACCGAAAGUGCACAAAAUGUGGUUGGGGGUUGCCGCUUUUGGAACGGAAGAAGCUGCGCAACUACACGCGGGCGCGCCAAUUGGCCAAGGACAAUUCCAACGGAAGGAUACAGGAACUCAACGACUCGUCGCCAGCUGAAGCCCUGGGACACCCAUCGGGGAAGCGACAGAUUGAAUCGGCCGAUGGCCCCGAUGGCAAGCGGCGGUGUAUCGACAAGCAGCCGGAGGAAGAGCCUAUAACCCGGAGCUGGAAGGCCGUGUACAAGGACCGGUGGCAGGUCGGAUACAACUGGAAAUACGGGCGAUGCUCGGUCAAAACGCUCAAGGGCCACACCAACGGCGUGACAUGCCUCCAACUCGACGACAACAUCCUCGCGACCGGGUCGUACGAUGCUACCAUUAAGAUCUGGAACAUUGAGACGGGCGAGGAGAUUCGCACCCUUCGCGGCCAUGCACGAGGCAUCCGCGCUCUGCAGUUUGACGAUUCCAAGUUGAUCAGCGGCAGUCUAGAUAACACCAUUAAGAUCUGGAACUGGCGUACCGGCGAAUGCAUCUCGACGCUGCAGGGCCACACCGAUGGCGUGGUGAGCGUGCACUUCGACGCGCAGCUCCUCGCCAGCGGGUCGAUUGAUAAGAGCGUCAAGAUCUUCGACUUCAACUCCAAAGAGGCCUUCUGCCUAAAGGGCCACACUGACUGGGUCAACUCCACACGGCUUGACAUUAGCAGCAGGACUGUCAUGUCAGCAUCGGAUGACACAACACUAAAGCUAUGGGACUUGGACACUCGGCAGGUCGUCCGGACCUUUGAAGGCCACGUCGGCCAUGUUCAACAAAUCCUGCUUCUCCCGCCAGAGUAUGAGCCCGACGACGAGCUGAUGACCGGCACCGCCGGGCCCGGCGACAAUACCGACGCCCUCUCUACCGCGAGCGGAGGUGACGGGAAUUCGGCGGCGGCUUUCAUGCACCCCGACCGGCGCAGCAACUCACCAUCUCGAGACGAGGACAUCCGCCAGAUGUACGGAUCGACCUUUGCCUCGGACCCCUCGCGCCCUCUCCCUCCCCGGUAUUUCCUGUCCGGCGCCCUGGACAGCACCAUCCGCCUCUGGGACAGCGCGACAGGGCGGUGUAUCAAGACCAUGUUCGGCCACCUGGAGGGUGUCUGGUCGCUGGCCGGCGACACGAUCCGCGUCAUUAGCGGGGCCAACGACGGCAUGGUCAAGUGCUGGGAGCCGCGCAGCGGGAAGUGCGACGCGACGUUUGUGGGGCAUAGGGGCCCCGUAACGUGCGUCGCCCUUAGCGAUAGCCGCAUGGCGAGCGGCAGCGAGGACGGAGAGAUCCGCAUCUACUCGUUCAAGGAUAUUGGGACCGCCAACGGGCAGUGCGUGCUGGAUGUCGGCACCCCGAACUAG